UGUCUGGUCACACUGCGGCAUGCCGGUUCAGCAACGAACGCCACAUCAGUUCUAAAUCAAAUUAAGGAAAACUGGGCUAAAACCAGCGAAAAACUGGUAAAAAGUGAAAUAAUCGGAGAAGGGAAGCCUUAAGUUCAUCUCUAUAUUCCGUAUCCGUGAUGUGCGUGGUGAAAAUCCUCUAAAAACAAGUGGAAACCAUGUUACGUACCGUGGCUUUGUGUGUGUCUGUGGUGCUCAUAGCACUAUAUACGCCGACUUCUGGGGAAUCCAGUCAGAGUUAUCCCAUCACCACGCUGAUCAACGCGAAAUGGACGCAGACGCCCCUGUAUCUGGAAAUUGCCGAGUAUCUGGCCGAUGAGCAGGCGGGUCUUUUCUGGGAUUACGUUUCGGGGGUGACCAAGUUGGACACGGUUCUUAAUGAAUACGAUACCGAGUCGCAGCAGUACAAUGCCGCCUUGGAGCUGGUCAAGAGCCAUGUGAGCUCUCCUCAAUUGCCCCUGAUCAAGCUGGUGGUGUCCAUGCACAGCUUGACGCCUCGGAUCCAGACCCACUUCCAGUUGGCCGAGGAACUGAGGAGCAGUGGCUCUUGCCAGAGCUACACUUUUGCCCAAGUGGGUUCCGAACUGGCCUGCAGCUCCAACGAACUGCAGAAGAAGCUGGAACUGCCGCGCGCCAAGGAAAGCUUGGAUGCUCCUGUUGUCACCUAUAGCUUUGAUCACAUUUUUCCUGGCAGUGAGAACAAUACCCGCACUGUGGUACUGUACGGCGAUUUGGGAAGCUCUCAAUUCCGCAUCUAUCACAAAUUAUUGGAAAAGGAAGCCAAUGCUGGCCGGAUUCGUUACAUCCUGCGUCAUCAAUUGGCCAAGACGGACAGACGACCGGUACGACUUUCGGGCUACGGUGUGGAACUGCAUUUGAAGUCCACGGAAUACAAGAGCCAGGAUGAUGCCCCCAAGCCCGAAGCGGGUUCUACUUCUGACGAGGAUCUGGCUAAUGAAUCGGAUGUCCAGGGCUUUGAUUUCAAGGUGCUAAAGCAGAAGCAUCCUACACUUAAGAGAGCGCUUGAUCAACUGCGUCAGAGGCUUCUCCAGGGGAAUGAUGAGAUCGCCCAAUUGAAAGCCUGGGAGUUCCAGGACUUGGGUCUUCAGGCGGCAGCUGCCAUUGCAGAAAUACAGGGAGAUGAAACUCUGCAAAUUCUUCAAUACACUGCGCAUAAUUUCCCCAUGCUGGCCAGAACCCUGCUGGCCCACAAGGUUACGGAUGGCUUAAGGGCGGAGGUAAAGCACAAUACGGAGGCAUUUGGUAGAAGCUUGAAUGUAGCGCCUCCUGAUGGUGCCCUUUUCAUCAACGGACUGUUCUUCGAUGCGGACACCAUGGAUCUGUAUUCCCUGAUUGAGACGUUGCGCUCGGAGAUGCGUGUUCUUGAGAGCCUGCACAGUAAUAAUGUUAGGGGUAGCCUUGCCAGCUCCUUGCUCGCCUUAGAUCUAACGGCCUCCAGCAAAAAAGAAUUCGCUAUCGAUAUCCGUGAUACUGCAGUGCAAUGGGUCAACGAUAUUGAGAACGAUGCGCAAUAUCGAAGGUGGCCCUCAUCGGUGAUGGAUCUCUUGCGUCCAACGUUUCCUGGCAUGUUGAGGAAUAUCCGAAAGAAUGUAUUCAACUUGGUUCUGGUGGUAGAUGCACUGCAGCCCACAGCCAGAAGUGUAAUUAAGCUCUCAGAGUCGUUUGUCAUUCAUCAAGCUCCCAUUCGCUUGGGUCUGGUCUUUGAUGCGAGGGACGCCAAUGAGGACAAUCUUGCAGAUUACGUAGCUAUCACGUGUGCCUAUAACUAUGUGAGCCAGAAAAAGGAUGCCCGAGCUGCUUUGAGUUUCCUUACGGACAUCUACGCAGCAGUUGGUGAGACCAAAGUUGUCUCGAAAAAGGACAUAGUAAAGCAACUGACAAAGGAAUUCACAACCUUAAGCUUUGCCAAGGCUGAGGAUUUUCUCGAGGAAGAUUCCACGUACGAUUAUGGAAGGGAGCUCGCAACGGAGUUCAUCCAGCGGCUGGGAUUCGGAGACAAGGGACAACCUCAGGCCCUGUUGAAUGGUGUUCCAAUGUCCAGCAACGUUGUGACCGCUGAUAGCGACUUCGAGGAGGCUAUUUUUACCGAAAUAAUGACCCAAACCAGCAAUCUCCAAAAGGCUGUGUACAAAGGUGAAAUGACAGACAGCGAUGUAGCCAUUGAUUAUCUGAUGAAUCAACCCCACGUGAUGCCCAGAUUAAAUCAGAGAAUUCUUAGUCAGGAGGAUGUAAAAUAUCUUGAUAUUAACGGCGUGGCCUACAAAAAUUUAGGAAAUGUGGGAGUUUUAAAUCGUCUGUCUAACCGGGAUAUGACCGCUACGUUAAUGGAUAAUCUUAAAUACUUUGGUGGCAAGAAGUCUACGGAGCUAAUUGGCCGAUCAUCUCUGCAGUUCCUUACGAUUUGGGUGUUUGCAGAUUUGGAAACUGACCAGGGUCGAGAACUGCUCACCCACGCUCUCGAAUAUGUUCAAAGUGGAGAGAGUGUGCGUGUCGCUUUUAUUCCUAACACUGAAAGUUCUUCCGCUUCAAGCCAGAAGAAUCUCAAUCGUCUGGUCUGGGCUGCCAUGCAGAGUCUUCCACCAACACAAGCCACGGAGCAGGUUCUCAAGUGGCUAAAGAAACCAAAGGAAAAAAUUGAAAUACCAUCUCAGCUCGAGGAUAUCCUGGGUUCAACAGAGCUGCACCUGAAGAUGUUGAGAGUUUAUUCCCAGCGAGUGUUGGGUCUAAAUAAAUCCCAACGCUUGGUAAUCGGUAAUGGACGGCUUUAUGGCCCUCUUUUCUCGGAUGAAAGCUUUGAUAGCGCCGAUUUCGCCUUGCUGGCCAGGUUCAGUUCUCUACAGUAUGGCGACAAAGUGCGUCAGGUCCUCAAGGAAUCUGCUCAAGAUGUCAGCGAGGAGUUCACAAGCGAUACUUUGCUCAAGUUGUAUGCCAGUUUGCUUCCCAGGCAAACCAAAACUCGCUUUAAGCUUCCAACGGACUUGAAAACCGAUCACUCGGUUGUAAAACUACCGCCCAAACAGGAGAAACUUCCUCAUUUUGAUGUUGCCGCUGUUUUAGAUCCCGCCUCCCGAGCAGCUCAAAAACUAACGCCGAUACUUAUUUUGCUACGUCAAGUGCUGAACUGCCAAUUAAACUUAUACUUGAUUCCCGUCCCCCAGCACAGCGAUAUGCCCGUGAAGAACUUCUACAGAUAUGUUGUGGAGCCGGAGGUGCAAUUCGAAGUGAAUGGAGGUCGAUCCGAUGGUCCCUUGGCAAAAUUCAGCGGACUGCCGGCCAAUCCUUUGCUGACCCAGCAGCUGCAGGUACCAGAGAACUGGCUGAUCGAAGCUGUAAGAGCAGUUUACGAUUUGGACAACAUUAAGUUGACCGAUAUUGGUGGACCCGUGCACAGCGAGUUUGAUUUGGAGUAUCUGCUGUUGGAGGGUCACUGCUUUGAUGCUGCUAGCGGAGCUCCGCCCAGAGGACUGCAGUUGGUGCUGGGUACCCAGAGUCAACCUGCCUUGGUAGAUACAAUUGUGAUGGCGAACUUGGGUUAUUUCCAACUUAAGGCCAAUCCAGGUGCAUGGUCCCUACGCUUACGUGAAGGCAAAUCGGCGGAUAUUUAUGCCAUCAGCCACAUUGAAGGAACAAAUACUCAUCAUUCCACUGGAGCUUCUGAAGUUCAAGUUCUUAUAACGUCCUUGCGAUCUCAUGUUGUCAAAUUAAGGGUGUCUAAGAAGCCAGGCAUGCAGCAGGCGGAACUUCUGUCAGAUGACAACGAACAGGCAGCGCAAUCGGGCAUUUGGAACAGCAUUGCCAGCAGUUUUGGUGGCAGUAAUGCUAACCAGCCAGCCCCUGAUGAGGAUGCGGAAACCAUCAACAUUUUUUCUGUGGCAUCAGGACAUCUCUACGAACGUCUUCUAAGGAUCAUGAUGGUUUCACUGCUAAAGCACACAAAAUCGCCUGUGAAGUUCUGGUUUUUGAAGAACUACCUCUCCCCGCAAUUUACGGAUUUCCUUCCUCACAUGGCCAGUGAGUACAACUUCCAAUACGAGUUGGUCCAGUACAAAUGGCCCCGUUGGCUGCAUCAGCAAACGGAAAAACAGAGGACCAUUUGGGGCUACAAGAUCCUUUUCCUCGAUGUGCUGUUCCCACUGAAUGUGAGAAAAAUUAUUUUUGUGGAUGCCGAUGCCAUCGUAAGAACAGAUAUAAAGGAGUUGUAUGAUAUGGACCUCGGAGGGGCGCCCUAUGCCUACACGCCAUUCUGCGAUUCCCGCAAAGAGAUGGAGGGCUUCCGAUUCUGGAAACAGGGAUACUGGCGAAGCCAUCUAAUGGGCAGGCGUUACCACAUUUCCGCUUUGUACGUGGUGGACUUGAAGAGAUUUCGCAAGAUUGCGGCAGGAGACAGACUAAGAGGCCAGUACCAGGCACUUAGCCAGGAUCCAAACAGUUUAUCCAAUUUGGAUCAGGACUUGCCCAACAACAUGAUCCACCAGGUCGCCAUCAAAUCCCUGCCCGACGACUGGCUUUGGUGCCAAACGUGGUGCAGCGACAGCAACUUUAAAAGUGCUAAAGUGAUUGAUUUGUGCAACAACCCACAGACCAAGGAGGCCAAGCUCACGGCCGCACAGAGGAUUGUGCCCGAGUGGAAGGACUACGAUGCUGAGCUGAAGACCCUGAUGUCUCGCAUCGAGGAUCAUGAGAAUUCGCAUAGCAGGGACUCGGCAGUCGAUGAUUCGGCUGACGAUUCGGUGGAGGCCACCACUGUGACACCUUCUCAUGAGCCCAAGCAUGGCGAGCUGUGAUCAACGUGAAUUAGUGAAUUUAAAUAUCGUGGAUACACACUUGUUUACUUAGCUAAGAGCCAUCUCCGAAAUAACAAAUUAACACAUUUGUACAUUUUAAUUAGAACAUGAUGCGAUUGAACACGUAAACCCAACACAAAAAGAAAACAGCUCACUAAUGUCUGAAUUGUUUUUCUAGCUCGAUUUCAAACGAUUUUCUUGUCUUGCAUUCCAAAAGCCAUGGCCACUAAUUAAAUUAAGCUGAAAUUAAAUGUCAUCAAACUACAUACAUAAAAGAACGCGCCUUUAAGUUGAAAGUUUGUCAAAUGUAUUAAAAAGUGGAGUAAAUAGUAA